AUGGACCAGUUCUAUACGCCGAGUCUGCCGCGGCGGCUUCGUGGCUGGGUUCAUCGCCUUGUUCACGACAGCUCGCCUUCCGACGCGCCGCCCAAUACCGUUUCGCGCUAUCUCCGGUUCCUCUAUCUCAUGAAGGAGGGUGUCGGGUCCGUCUACGUGCCAACCCUUGACAUCGACCCUGUUUGGCACACGCACCAGCUUGCUCCUGUCGCCUAUGAUCGGUACUGCAUCAGGUACAUCGGGUCCGCCAUCAACCACGACGACACGAUUCGCGGGGUGGGCCGCUCUGUAUGGCAGGACAACACAGCGCAGCUGUGGGCGUUGAAGUAUGGCGAAUCUUACUACGACCCAGCCAAUGCAGCCGAGACGGCCGAGAUUCAACGGCGCAGAGCUAUUUGGAAGCUCCAACACACCGAAGUAGCGUCCCUGGAAGCCGCCCAAGAGACUGUCGGAAGUUUCGGGACAGAACUUGAGACCUACAAACAGCAGUUUCGGAAGGCCUCCGACACGUUCUAUGGCGCGGAGAUGAGGCUAAUCGCGCUCUCUUUCAGGCUGCAAACGGUCAAGUCAACCAAGACAAGCCACCACCACCACCACCACCACCACCACUUUAGCCACGACGGCGGCGGCAGUAGUAGUCACGACAGAGGGGGGCACAGUUCUGUCGGUUACGACGGCGGGAGAGACAGCGGAGGCGGCUGCGGCGGAGGAGGAUGCGGCGGCUGUGGGUAG